AUGCUCGCCGCUGCCGACGCCGCGUCUGCCAGCCGCCCCGCCUCGAGCCAGCCGCCGUUCGGUAAAAACCUAACCUCCACACCCACGCCCCCACCAGUCCCUCCCUCCUCUUCCUCGACCUCCCUCCUAGCUGCCUCCGCCUCCCCUCCGCGGUCGACCUCCUCGUUGCCGGUGAUGCUCCAGCGCCUUGGCCCGGUCGUCUCUGUCUCUUGCCGUGCUCUCUCAUGCUGCUGUGCCUCCUGGACGACGCUCGCGUGCCUCGGAUGCACCCCCUUCUCUCCCGAGCUCCAGAUCCAUGGCUGCAGCGGCGAGCCCCUCUUGAGUCUCAAGUUUCUUGCAGAAGGUCACCACAGGCACUGGGGUCGAUGCAAAGCAUCGGCGAUGGUGUCAUUGUCCUCGCGUGAUUCAUCAGAUCCAACCUCACCCCCGCGCCGGCUUUUGACGGAGCUGCUCACCAAGGAGGACCUCGUCGCCUACGUCGCAUCUGAGUGUAAGCCCAAGGAGAACUGGAGAUGA